AUGGCAACUAUUAGCUUGAAGCUCCUCGUCGACACAGAGCAGAACAAGGUUCUGUUCGCCGAAGCAGGUAAGGACUUUGUGGACUUCCUAUUCACCCUUCUUUCUUUUCCCGCCGGCACCAUCAUCAGGCUCCUCUCAAAGGAUACCAUGGUUGGAAGCCUGGGCAAACUUUACGAAAGCAUUGAAAAUUUCAGUGAUACAUACAUCCAACCCAAUCUCAACAAAGACAUUCUCCUGAAACCCAAAGAACCAGGUUCUGUCCCAAAUAACCUAGGGUUGCUGACCAAUGUCGAAACAACAGAAAGAAAGGUGAUCUACACUUGUUCGAAUAGUUACAGCAGAUACUAUGACUACAGCUACCACACCCAUAGCGACACGCACCCGUAUUUUUCAGAGGAUCCUAAAGCACAAUGUCCAGAGUGUGGUGAAAGUCUGAGUUGUAAGAUGAGUUAUGUUCCUCCACCGAGUAGUAGUGGUAGUGCAGAAUCUUCCGCCGGGAAAGGGGUAGGGUUUGUGAAGCCGGUUGUUACAUACAUGAUAAUGGAUGACUUGGAAGUGAAGCCUAUGUCUACCAUUUCAACAAUAGCUCUACUCAACCAGUUCAAUGUUAGAGAUUUUGGUGCCCUGGAACAGAAGGUUGUUGAUCUGGGCAUGGAUGAGGGCGUGAAAUUGCUCAAGGAAUCAUUGCAAUCGAAGUCAGUCCUAACUAAUGUGUUUCUUGGGGGAGUGUCUGGAAGAGUGAAGCAUGAACAUCUCAACUCUGCAAGUUAG